UCGCCAACUCAGUCUGCUGGCGAACACAGGCGGGUGUGGACCUGUGCGUCUCUCCUACACGCUCCCCCGCCCAUUUCUCUCCCAAUUGCUAUGGAUUGUAUGGAUUGAUGACCGUAGCGGUAAUCGUAGUGUGAUAUAUAAGAGGUGAAGUGUGACGAGACCCGUUUUAAGCGUGUAGUUUCACUCCUGUCUGUCUAUUUAUUCCAAUUUUACCCGCCCCACGGCUCUGAGGCAAGAUGGCGGACAUUGACGUGAACGAUCCUGAACUCAAGUACUUGGUGGUAUCGCGGGAUACCUUCGAGGAUCCUGCCUCCCAGGCCGAGUGGACACAGAAGAGGCUGGUGUGGAUCCCCCACGGAGACCAUGGCUUCGUGGCUGCAGGCAUCAAGGGAGAAGUGGGUGACGAAGUGGAGGUGGAGAUCGCGGACACGGGCAAGCGUGUCCGCGUAGCCAAGGAUGAUAUCCAGAAGAUGAACCCUCCCAAGUUCAACAAGGUGGAGGACAUGGCCGAACUCACCUGCCUCAACGAAGCUUCUGUCCUACACAACCUCAAGGAGCGCUACUACUCCGGUUUGAUUUACACGUACUCCGGCCUCUUCUGCGUGGUGGUGAACCCAUACCGCCGGCUGCCCAUCUACACGGAGAAGGUGAUUGAAAUGUACAAAGGCAAGAAGCGACACGAAAUGCCACCGCACGUGUUCGCCAUCACAGACUGUGCCUACAGAUCCAUGCUGCAAGACCGAGAGGACCAGAGCAUCCUGUGCACAGGAGAGUCAGGCGCCGGCAAGACGGAGAACACCAAGAAGGUGAUUCAGUACCUGGCCUACGUCGCCGCCUCCAAGGCCAAGGGAGGAGCAUCUGCCGAGGAACAGACACAACAACCACCACCACAAGCACAACAACAACAACUCCUACAACAAACGGGCAGCGUCUACAAGUCCGCCGCUCAUCAAGAGAACAAGAACAUUGCGGGAGAGCUAGAAGCACAGCUUUUGCAGGCUAACCCCAUUCUUGAAGCCUUUGGUAAUGCCAAGACAGUAAAAAAUGACAAUUCUUCAAGAUUUGGAAAAUUCAUCCGCAUCAACUUCGACAAUUCAGGUUACAUUGCUGGCGCCAACAUUGAAACAUACCUUCUGGAAAAGUCUCGGGCUAUUCGUCAGACACAUGAUGAACGCACAUUCCACAUUUUCUAUCAAUUAUUGGCAGGAGCUAACCAACAGCAGAGAAAGGACUUUAUCUUGGAAGAUCCCAAGCACUACAAUUUCCUGACCAGAGGAAAGAUCCAGGUGCCUGGGAUGGAUGAAGUAGCAGAGUUCCAAGCCACCGUCAAAGCUAUGCAGAUCAUGGGGAUGAACAACGAAGAUAUCCAAUCUGUCUUCAGAACCGUAUCUGCUGUACUGAUGUUCGGAAACAUGCAGUUCAAGCAGGAACGUAGCUCAGAUCAGGCUACUUUACCAGACAACACUGUUGCUCAACAGGUUGCCCACUUGUUAGGCCUUAACGUGACUGAUUUGGUUAGAGGGUUUUUGAAGCCACGCAUCAAAGUGGGCCGUGAGACUGUCACAAAGGCUCAGAACAAAGAGCAGUGUGAGUUUGCUGUCGAAGCCAUUGCCAAGGCUCUGUAUGAACGCCUAUUUAAAUGGAUUGUGAUGCGCAUAAACAGGUCAUUGGAUCGCACGAAGCGCCAGGGUGCCUCUUUCAUUGGCAUCCUUGAUAUUGCUGGGUUUGAAAUCUUUGCCAUGAACAGCUUUGAGCAGCUGUGUAUUAACUACACAAAUGAGAAACUACAGCAGCUGUUCAAUCACACGAUGUUCAUCCUUGAGCAAGAAGAAUAUCAGCGUGAAGGAAUUGAGUGGAAGUUCAUUGACUUUGGUCUUGAUCUUCAGCCCACUAUUGACCUAAUUGAGAAGCCUAUGGGUAUUUUGGCUCUUCUGGACGAAGAAUGUUGGUUCCCCAAGGCAACAGACAAAACCUUUAUCGACAAGCUUAACCUCUCUCACUCUGUCCAUCCCAAGUUUUGCAAGUCAGAGUUUCGUGAUAAAGCAGACUUCGCCAUUGUCCAUUAUGCUGGCAAGGUAGAUUAUUCAGGACAUCAGUGGCUGAUGAAGAACAUGGACCCUCUGAAUGAGAACAUUGUUUCACUGCUCCAGACCUCUCAGGAUCCCUUCAUUGCACAGAUCUGGAAAGAUGCUGAAAUUGUGGGAAUGGCUCAGCAGGCAAUGGGAGACAGUCAGUUUGGUGCUCGCACAAGGAAAGGAAUGUUCCGCACUGUUAGCCAGUUGUACAAGGAGCAAUUGACCAAGCUCAUGAGCACAUUGAGAAACACCAACCCCAACUUUGUGCGAUGUAUAAUCCCAAAUCAUGACAAGCGGGCUGGCAAGAUUGAUGCUGGACUUGUCCUGGAUCAGCUGAGGUGCAAUGGUGUGCUUGAAGGCAUCCGAAUCUGUCGCCAAGGUUUCCCUAACCGCAUCCCCUUCCAGGAAUUCCGGCAGCGUUAUGAACUCCUCACUCCUAAUGUUAUUCCUAAGGGCUUCAUGGAUGGUAAGAAGGCUUGCGAGAUGAUGAUACAGGCCCUGGAACUAGAACCAAACUUGUAUCGUAUUGGCCAGAGCAAGAUUUUCCUGAGGGCUGGUGUUCUAGCAUCAUUAGAAGAGGAAAGGGAUAUCAAAAUGACUGAUCUCAUUGUACAAUUCCAGGCCUAUUGUCGUGGUAUGUUGGCUAGAAAGAACUACCAAAAGAGACUUCAGCAGCUCAAUGCCAUCAGGAUCAUCCAGCGUAACUGUGCUGCUUAUCUGAAGCUUCGUAACUGGCAGUGGUGGCGCUUGUACACUAAGGUCAAGCCUCUUCUCCAAGUGACCAAACAGGAAGAAAAACUUGUUCAGAAAGAGGAGGAACUUAGGAUGAUACAGAAUAUUCUUGAAAAUCAAAAGAAAACUAAUACAGAUAUGGAAAAUAAAUUCCAACAAGCCCUACAGGAAAAGAAUGUUUUGGCAGAGCAGCUGCAAGCCGAGACAGAGUUGUGUGCUGAAGCUGAAGAGAUGCGGGCUCGUUUAUUGGCACGUAAACAAGAACUAGAAGACAUCCUACAUGAUAUGGAAACAAGACUCGAAGAAGAAGAAGAACGUACAGGUAGCCUAACAACAGAGAAGAAGAAACUGCAGCUUCAAAUUCAAGAUUUGGAAGAACAGCUUGAGGAGGAAGAGGCUGCUCGGCAAAAGCUUCAGCUUGAGAAAGUUCAAUGUGAUGGCAAAAUAAAGAAAUUUGAAGAAGAUUAUGCAUUACUUGAAGAUACAAACCAAAAACUACUCAAGGAAAAGAAAUUGCUUGAGGAACGAUCACUAGAUGUUUCAAGUACAUUAGCAGAAGAAGAAGAAAAGUCUAAACACUUAAUGAAACUAAAAGCAAAGCAUGAAUCAAUGCUUACAGAACUAGAAGACAGAAUUAAGAAAGAACAACAAGGCAGAUCAGAAUUAGAACGAUCCAAGAGGAAAUGCGAGACAGAUCUUAAUGAUUUGAGAGAACAGAUCAAUGAGAAAAAGAAUCAGAUCCACGAAGUACAGAUUCAGUUAGCCAAGCGAGAGGAAGAAUUAGCACAGGCCAUGAUGAGAGUUGAUGAAGAAGCUGCUGCCAAGUCACAGCUGCAAAAAAAUAUGCGUGAGGUAGAAUCUCAGCUAAAUGAGCUUCAGGAAGAUCUUGAAGCAGAGCGUACUCUUAGAGCCAAGGCCGAGAAGCAAAAGAGGGAUUUGAAUGAGGAAUUGGAGGCACUUAAAAAUGAGCUAUUAGACUCGCUAGAUACAACAGCAGCACAGCAAGAGCUACGCAGCAAGAGAGAGGAGGAACUAGCAUCUCUAAAGAAGAGCUUGGAUGAUGACCAAUCAAUUCAUGAACAGCAGAUAGGUGAACUACGGCAGAAACAUGCUCAUGCACUUGAGAACCUGAAUGUCGAAAUUGAUCAACUAAAGAAACUGAAAGCUGGUUUAGAUAAAGCCAAGAAUCAACUUGAAGCAGAAAAUGCUGACCUGGCAAAUGAGCUAAAGGGUAUUUCAGCCAGCAAACAGGAUAGCGAGAAGAAAAGAAAACAGGCUGAAGCCAUAAUCUCUGAAUUGCAGCAGAAGAUUGCAGAAUCUGACCGUAACAAGACAGACAUCCAAGAGCGUUUGACUCGGUUAGAGCAGGAAUUGAGUGUUGCAAAUAUUGCAGUAGAGGAGGCCGAUUCUAAGGCCAUGUCAGCAAAUAAUCAGUUGAAGAAUCUAGAAGCUCACUUGCAAGAGACUCAAGGUCUUCUUGAGGAAGAAACUCGCCAGAAGCUUAACCUUAACUCUCGUGUACGUGCUCUUGAACAAGAGAAAGACCAUUUACAAGAGGCUCUUGACGAGGAAGAGAGUUCUAAACGUAACUUUGAGAAACAAGUUGCUACUCUACAAGUACAGUUAAGCGAGGCAAAGAAAAAGGCAGAUGAGGAAUCUGGAAAUGCACAACAAUUGGAGGAGACGCGCAAACGCCAGAAUAAAGAGCUGGAGGAGCUUCGCGCUCGCUUAGCUGAAUUAGAAGCAACAAAUGAAAAAUUAGAAAAGAGUAAGCGCAAGCUGCAAGCUGAAUUAGAAGAUGCCCAAGUUGAUAUUGAUGCUAACCGUGCUAAGGUUGUUGACUUGGAGAAAAAGCAACGUAACUUUGAUAAGCUGCUUAGUGAAGAGAAGAGUAAUUAUGAACGAUGUCAGCAAGAGAAGGAAAAUGCAGAACGUGAGGCUAGAGAGAAGGAAACGAAGAUUUUGUCAUUAAACAGGACAUUGGAAGAGUAUAUGGAACGUAUUGAAGAUCUUGAAACUGGCAAGAAACGGUUACAAAUUGAACUUGAUGAUCUAGUUUCAACUCGAGGCACAGCUGACAAGAAUGUUCACGAACUGGAGAAAGCAAAACGUGCCCUGGAAUCCCAGUUGGCAGAACAGAAGACUCAAAUUGAAGAGCUUGAGGAUGAGUUGCAGCUAACAGAGGAUGCCAAGCUACGACUUGAAGUAAAUAUGCAGGCCAUGAAGGCACAGUUUGAACGUGACCUGAAUGCUAGGGAGGAACAGGGCGAGGAGAAACGACGCGGACUUGUGAAACAGCUGCGAGAACUGGAGGCAGAGCUUGAAGAAGAACGCAAGCAACGCACAGCUGCAGUAACCGCUCGUAAGAAGUUGGAGGGUGAUCUGAAGGAUAUGGAAGGUCAGCUGGAGAUAAACAGCAAGGUGAAGGAAGAUGCUGUCAAGCAGUUGAAGCGGGCAGGGGCACAACUGAAGGAAUACCAGAGAGAGGCAGAAGAGAGUAGAGCUUCACGUGAGGAGAUGUCUGCUCAAUACAAAGAAUUGGAAAGGAAGAUAAAGGUCAUGGAAACAGAGCUGCUUCAGUACCAGGAAGAUCUUUCUUCUGCUGAGAGAUCUCGCAAGAAUGCUGAAAUUGAGAGAGAUGAGCUUCAAGAGGAACUUAACCAAUACACAUCAAAGGCCACUUUGAGUGCAGAUGAAAAGAAGAGGCUCGAGGCUCGCAUCUCCUCCCUAGAAGAAGAACUGGAAGAUGAACAGGGCAAUGUCGAGGUAUUAAUGGACAAGAUGCGCAAGAGCCAACUAUCCAUGGAACAGCUACAAACAGAUUACAACACGGAGAAGUCAUCUGUGGUGAAACUUGAGGGCCAACGAUCUAUGUUGGAGCGCCAGAACAAGGAACUGAAGGCAAAACUAGUAGAAUUAGAGACUGAAAUUCGUUCAAAGACGAAAGCAACCAUAGCAGCACUUGAAUCAAAGGUUUCCAAUUUGGAAGAACAACUCGAGGUUGAAGCUCGUGACCGCCUGGCUCAAGCAAAGGCCAACCGCAAGCUGGAGAAGAAGCUGAAGGAGCUGGUCAUGCAAGUGGAGGAUGAGCGCCGUCAUGCUGACCAAUAUAAGGAGCAGUUAGAUAAAUCAAAUGCUAGAGUAAAACAGCUGAAGCGUACAAUGGAAGAAACCGAGGAUGAGUUGUCAAAGGAAAAGAUGCAGCGUCGUAAAGCCCAACGAGAGGUAGAAGACAUGAUGGAAUCACAAGAGGCACAGAACAGAGAAAUAUCUUCUCUCAAAACUAAACUCAGCCAAGCUGAAGCUGAAAAGGUCUUAAAUCAAAUCACGAAACGAACAAAUCGUGGGCUGUGCAAGCUUACGAAGAAUGCUUCAACUUCAAAUGUGAUUGAUCUUGCUCAAGAUUUGAGUAGCAGUGAAGACGAGAAGCGUGGUGGUGCUGGAAUUAGUUCUCGCCUCGAUUUCUUGGGAGUGAAACGUGGCUCUAUUGCUGCGGCAAGCGAUGACUCUCAGAAUGCAGAUGAUUCUGUGGAUGGAGAGGAGGAUGCUACCAAGUGAAGACCCCAUGCACAUCACAUCAUUGCUCGUAGGACAUGCCCUUCUUGAGGGUUACCAUUGUUAAAUAUUCUUCUCCAGAGAGGCUCUCCACUUCAUUAAUAUGUACUGAGUAAAUUAUUUGCAUAUUUAGUCAACGGUGAAGUAUGGGGGGGCGAUGAGCUUCUAGUACUGUACUGCAUUUUGGUUGGUGUGCCUGUUGCAGGAAAUUGCCAACAAUGGUUCAAGUGAAAUUUAAAUAGAACAAAACCUACUGGUAUAACACUAAGUAGUGUUUACAUGUGGUUAUUAAAUUGUAUGUUAACUUUAAAUAUUUAGUUGAGAAAACAAAAUUAUUUAUAGGGUUGUAUCUGUUGGAAUCGGUGUGCAUUUUUGUUGAAUUUGUUGCCAUAUUUGCAUACCCAGUGAAUGGACUGACAAAUUAUAUUAUAACAUUCCACAAAUUAGGGUGUUUUAGUGUUGGCAUAUUUGUACUUAAUCCUUGAGGUGGAUAUUGGGUAAGAAAGAGCACAAAGUUGCCUCGUCCUAACUUCUGACAACUUCCAGCAUGGGAAAUGUUGGUACAGUUUAAUUUAGGUACCUUAGUCCUACAUUUGUGAAAAGCAGGUAGAUGGUGGUUGUUGGGUGUAAUGAAGGGGCAGUUAACCCUGGGAGUGAAAUGUAAGAGGCAAUAGUUGCCAAGCAACAAGUUACAUUAUCAUAAAUAAAGGAUACAAGUACACUUGUGGUAACAAAUGCUGUAGGUAUGUUUGUGUUGGGAGGGGGGAGUGGGAUUAGGUAUAUAUAUAUAGACAUAAGUUAAUACUGGUCCAUAUAAACACAUCCACAUUACAAGUAUGCCACCUGUUGCCAACAGUAAGGGGUUGAGCUUUGGUGGCUCUGGCAAACAAAUUGCCAUUGAAUAGUAUGAAUCAUGCAUCCUGCAUGUUACUUUUUUUACUGUCAUAAUACUUUUCCUAACUUUGUAUCAAACUAACCAUGAAUGCUUCCAAACUGCAACAAUGUAUAGAUAAUGAAUAACCUAUUACCAUUAGUUAAGAGCUACCUAUAUGACUAUUAUUGUUAUGUAUUAUCAUAAUUACGGUUAUCUUGUAUAGUUGCCAGGCCAAUUAGUAUUUUAAAAUUUUCUUAUACAUCCUGUACAUACAUGCAUACAUUUAUAUAGAGCUUAAUUACAACCAUCCAUAUAGUAUUAGAUAUUUUGACAACAUAGUUGUAUGUGCACUGGUUGUAUCACUGAUUUUGAGUUAUCACUAUUUUACAAGUGACCUUAAAAUUAAGCCAUUGCUCAUAGCAAAUUGACCUCAUUUUCGUGUAUCAAUCCCAAGUCUUGUUAGAAAAUAUGGCCUUAUAGAUGUAGAAGACACCCUGUGAAACAUAUUCUGAAUAAUAGUGGUAGAUGGUUUUUGGGAAGUGAUUUUCUGUACAGGAUGGAAAUAAGAAAUAUAGUAAAUGACUUUGAUUUGUGAUUUAAGGUAUAAAAGCUUCUAUAAGGUGCUUUGUUUUGAUAUUGCCAUUGCAUUUGUUAUUUUGAACUCUGAUCAUGUAUUACAUAGAAUUUUGAAUAAGCAAAGUUUUCUAUAAAAGAGCAGGGUACAGCAUUGCUUACCAGACAAGUUAGGGCCUAAAGAAUACAUGACAUGUCAGUCAGGAUGCACAAGUAUAUUAUUUAACUGGUUUUAAAAUUUUAAAAAAUUCAUGCAAUGUUAGCCUUGCAUAAAUUUUUUUUUUUUUUUUAUAAUUGGAGUUCUUCAAUGUUUAAAUUUUAGUGAAGUUUGGUGCAAAAACACGUUUUGAUAAACAAUUUGAAUAAGUUUCUGGGAGUUGCCUUGCGGUGGCAAAGUAUUGCCCUCGGCUUUUAGGGACGAGAAUAUUAUACCGUCCAUGUUUCUGGCCCUCCAUCUCUUCCUAGGAGGAGGGUGAGCAGAGGUGGGUGCUGAAGUUCCUAUUCAGGGGAGAUGUGCCAAGUGCAUUUUAUGUUUGUGAUAAAGGUAAUGAGCGAUAAGUUGUUCUUUCAAAGAACUGGAGAAUUAUGGUAAUGAUAGAUCAAAAGGCUAGUGGUCAUAUACAAUUAUUCAUAUUGAAAUUCACUUGCCCAUUUGUGUGUAUUUGAGGAUCUGGCAGCAUCGAGCACAUUUGUAUAUUUAUAAAUAGUAAUAAAUUUAUAUUUAUAUAUACUUGUGGUGCACUCCAGCUGACUGCAAUAAAUGGCCUUGACAG